AAUGCUAAGUCCUCGCUUCGUGCUCGGACAGAUCGCAACAUUGAUUUAGUCUUCGGGAUUGCAUAAAAUGAUACCUGGAUCUGCCGCAUCAAUGCUACCAUCUGCAGAAGCUGCGAAAUUGUACCAGACCAAUUACGUCCGCAACUCCCGUGUCAUCGGACUUUUAUGGGCCAUCUUCACUAUCCUGUUCGGUAUUGUUAACGUGACCAUCUUCUCACAGCCCUAUUGGAUUGGGGAUGGUGUGGAUACACCGCAGGCCGGUUACUUCGGCCUUUUUCACUAUUGCGUCGGAGAUGGAAUCUCCAGAGACAUGGCCUGCCAGGGUAGCUUCACCGAGUUCGCCGAAAUCCCCUCCACUGCGUUCAAGGCCGCCUCCUUCUUGAUUGGAAUGUCCAUGAUGUUGGUUGUCACCUGCAUCGGCUGCUUCAGUCUCUUCUUCCUCCUCAGCACCUCCACCGUGUACAAGAUCUGCGGCUGGAUGCAAGCAGCAUCAGGUGUCUGUCUGGUGUUGGGUUGUAUGAUUUAUCCUGAUGGUUGGGACAGUGACGAAGUUCGGAAGAUGUGCGGAGAGCAGACAGACAAAUACAGCCUGGGGGCCUGCUCAGUGCGUUGGGCCUACAUCUUGGCUAUUAUGGGCAUCCUGGAUGCUCUUAUCCUCUCCUUCCUGGCUUUCGUCCUGGGGAACCGACAGGAUGGACUCAUGACAGAAGAACUGCUGGCUGAGAGCAAGGAGGGAGGCAAUGCCUAAUCAAAUCUUAAGGUUCCUGAAUUUCCAUGUGUCUGUUUUCAUGAAGUACCAGUCAACCCUCAACAUCAGCUUAGAGGAAGGAGGCCAUCCACGUCUGUGACGGAGAGGAAUACUAUGGAACCAGCCAGCCUGCCUUUCACAUCUACCUGCCAAAACCCCAGUGUAACCUACCCUCAAAGUCCAUCCCUUUUGCUUGCAGUAACUAAAUCAUCCCCAGCACUUAGAUGGAGCCCAAUGCACUUUUACCCUAAUGUGUCUACAGACCUAACCCUUGCACAACAUUGCAUAGACCAUGGCAGGGGCAGAGACUGUUAUUCUGUUGAGAAGUAUAUGGACUACCCACUA